UCCUCAGUUUGCUCUCGCUGCCCCUUUCGAAUAGACGUUGGCUCCGUUGCGGCGGGAUGACGAUCGGUCCAACCAGGGCCACAAACAAGUACAUCAGUAGUAUCCAAUGAGUACAGUGAAGUGAAGUGAAUAUAGUGAAUAAUACAAAUCGAAAUCGAAUACGAAUAUGGCGCAGAAUACGCGCAGCUCCGAUUUAUCGCAGAUAGCUGUCAAUGCCAACAAUAUACCCGAUGAUAGUGUGGACUGCGGCAUCAAGGGUCUGGGAUGGUGCCGCGGCCCUGGCUGCCAGAAGUUCGCCAGGCUGCGCACAUUUGUCAUAGUCCUGGCCACUUCCGGAAUGCUGCAGGGCGCCUGCGAGGCCUAUUUCCGAGUUUCAGCCAAGCAGGCCGCCUUCCAGUUCGACUACAAUCCAUUGAUAGUGGAUUGGCUUCUGGUAACCAGUGGGCUGUGCCAGGCAGUUUUCGCGCUGGCCUUUGCCUACUGGGCGGACGUCUACCACCCCAUCAAGUGGCUGGUGGGCACCCUGAUGCUGCAAGCGGUUACCUGCGUGGUGGCAGUGAUUCCAUCCAUAAUCAAUUUUGCCGAGGGAACCAAGGCGAAAGAUGCCGUCCUGGAUGCCAAUCUGUGUGCCACUUCGCUGGCCCAGUUCCAGAAGCUGACGCUCACAGAGGCCCAAAGCAGCACCCUCACAUUGACGAUGCUCUUCGUCCUGCAGCUGGCCUUGGGCAUGGGAGGACUGGCCUAUUACACCUUGGGAGUGAGCUACAUCGACGACAACUCCUUGUCCCAGGAUAGCCCGGCAGUGAUUGCAGCUGCACUGGCUUCCCGCGUGUUUGGCCAGCAGAUGGGAUCCUUCUUGGUGCUCGGAGUGGGCUUGACCCACGUGGGCUGGUGGCUGGGUUGGGUGAUCCUAGCCCCAUUCAUUUUUGUGGGCGCCGUGAAGCUGGGACUAUUUCCCAAGAGGCUUCCAAAGACAGUCAUUCACCAGGCGGCUCAGAGGAUUAUCGAGCAGUCGAGGAUGCGGAAUUUCGGAAGCCAGUUCUCCACCUACCUGGACGACUCCAACUUUUGGCCUUCCCUGAAGAGGCUCUUCAAUAACAGGCUCCUUAUGUUCAACCUGCUGAGCAUCAUGUGCGUUCAGAGUGCAGUGGUGAACUACGGCCUCCAAGAGGAGAGCUACCUGCAGAGUCGCUUCUUCCUGCCCUACAACGAGCAGGACGGACUAACGGACGAAUGGCGGUCGGCCUUUGUUUCGUACUUCCUGAAGCCCCCAGUCAUGGCUAUGGGCAUGCUGAUCAGUGGUCUGGUCAUCUCUAAGGCUCAGCUAUCGGCCCGCACUAUCACCGGCAUCAACAUGUUCCUCAGCAUCCAUCUGGUGGCCAUUUUUGUGGGCUUCAUCUUCGUGAAGUGCGACGUGGGCGCCAUUGCCGGCGUGGUGGGUGGAAAGCUUAGCCAACCCUACUGCUCCAGUCAGUGCCUUUGCACUCCCACGGCAUUCAUGCCUGUCUGCCCAGAGAACAGUACGAUCACUUACUUCAACCCCUGCUAUGCUGGCUGCUCCAAGACCUCGUCUAUCAACACGUUCCAGAUCUACGAGGGCUGCAGCUGCAGUGGGGAUCAAACCCAGGACGCCAAGGGUCAGAUGAGGGCCACCGCCGGAGCCUGCAGCGCCAACAGUUGCCAGUCGGCGAUCCUCAUGUUCCAAAUCAUGAGCAUUUCGGUGGCCUUUCUGAUGGGCGUUGGUGCCAUCGGCAAGACCCUGAUCACUUUAAGAUCUGUGCUGCCCCAAGACAAGACUCUGGCCCUGGCUUUUGAGCUUAUGAUCGUGGGACUAUUUUCUUACGUUCCCGUACACCUCAGCUAUGACUUGGUGACCCGAUCCACCUGCGUCUAUUGGGCCCCCAAUUACGAGCGUUGCUUGCUGCGCGAGACCCCCAAACACGGAAACAUCUUGGACAUCCUGACCGCCUCGCUCAUCCUAGCCAGCAUACUGUUCGACAUUCUGGUGUUUAUCUUCGCCAAGGGACUCAACCUUUAUAACUGCAAGGUGACGGACAACAACUACACUCCCUCCUUGUACGCUCCGAUCCCCCACGAAGACACUCCCGCCGCGGAGACAGCUCCCAGGGGAGGGAGCCCUGUAACCACGACGACGACAUCAGUGGCAUCUCCUUCCCCCAUGCAGCGGCGGGAUGUGCCGCCUCACGAGGACAGAGAGCCCUACCCAGCCACUGUCUUCCGGAACCCCAGCUCGGUUACGACCUCGUCGGGUGGAGCCCAGAGUAUUGUGGAACCAAAUGCCAGUGGGGUAACCUACGCCCAGGUAGUCUUCCCGCCAGACAGACGCAAGCCGGACGACGGUAGCACCAGUCCCAAGAGGUUGGCUGUACCGGCCAAUAUUCCCGUACAUCACCUAUCCGAGGCGGAUGUCCGCACUCAACUGAGCACCCUGAAGUCCUUCCAUUCUCCCAGCCAGGUGGCAGAGAGCGGCCAGGAUACAGUGGACACCGACGAGGCGGUCGUGGUCAACCAGCAGCCCAAAGCUCAAGCAAACGUACUGCCGUAUGUUCAUUCGGAGGUGCCGCCCCCAGUUCCAGACACCUCACCCCCACACUCCAUAGUAUCCGGAGAACCAGAGAUCCACCAGAGACCGCAAAGUCCCGAAACGGAUUUCUGAAGCUAAAAUAAAAGUAUUUUGUAUUACAUUCUUCAUUACCUUGUUAGUUUUAAGAACGUCAUCCAGAUGCCUAAAAUAAUAAAGUUGAACAAAUAAAGUUAUCUUCCAUUUAA